AUGUUUCCUGGUACCAUGCGUCUUGGAGGAGAUCAUGGGGUAUUGGAGGUGGAGUUUCAAGUGGAGGGAAAGACGGUCGUGAAACGAGAUCUAUCCUUGUAUAACUGUCAAUUAAAUCAGAAUUGUACCGGCUGUACAGAUAGUUCAUUUGGAUGUAAAUGGUGUCAUUUUCGGGGAAUGUGUGUCGAUGCUGCCGCUGGUGACUGUAUAAAUCAGACAGUUCCAGCUAUAACGUCAUCCAGUAAAUGUCCUAGAUUAGAGACGACAGCUGGCGAUACAGAUGUUGUGGUGCAUUCUGGGCAAUAUAAGAAAAUUGCUGUACGAGUCACAGAUUUAUUGCCAGACCAGCUAACAAACAUUUUGUGCUUGUUCUCAUAUGAAGGAGACGUUAAGUUUACACCAGGCAGUAUAACAGCAUCCAAGUUGAUCUGUGAACCACUCAUGUUUGAAUAUAAGGAUGCAAAUUUACCGUUAGUAACUGCAGUGUUUACUGUAACCGCUGGCAACAAUAGUCUUCCAUUAGAUAAUCCACAGAAUAUCAAACUGAGAAUAUAUAAAUGUGGUCCCAUGGUAACCAACUGUGGACAGUGUUUGACAAUGGACCCGGAGUACGAGUGUGGAUGGUGUACAGCUGGAAUAGCACAGUGUUCCCUCAAGUCUGACUGUCCGUCUACAGACUGGUUAGGUAGAAGUGCAACCUGUCCAAAUCCACAGAUUCUCAGGUUUAGUCCAAUGGCGGGGCCUAUUCAAGGACGAACCAAUAUCUCUGUCACUGGGCUGAACCUGGGAAAGAAAUACAUGGACCUUGAAGUAACUGUAGCUGGUGUUGAAUGUGUGGUACAACCUUAUGAAUAUGAGUCAUCUCAGGGGUUCUUAUGCCAGACUGUUGGACCUGAUACUCCUAAAACAGGAAUCAUAAAAGUUAAAGUAGCAGGGAAACACACUGCCAGAUCUGACAGUAAAUUCUUGUUUGUGGAUCCGGAGGUAACAGAUAUAACCCCUAAGAAAGGUCCAGUGUCAGGGGGAACAUAUAUUACAAUCGGUGGAGAACACAUGGAUGCGGGUACCAUGACAACCGUUAGUGUUGGAGGAAGUCCAUGCAACGUCAUAAGUUCAAAUAUUAGUACCCUGGAAUGUAUGACAUCACAGCAAUCAGCCAAUGAGAACGAAGUAGAUGUAGAGAUUAAUUUUGGCGGGUUGAACAAGCUAGCGAUCGAGAAAUUUACAUAUGUGAAAGACCCAGAAAUCACAAUGAUGGAGCCGAAGAAAACUAUACUAAGUGGAGGAACUACAAUCACAGCCAUGGGAAGUCAGAUGCAGUUUAUACAGAGACCACAGUUCUUCGUGGAACAUGGAAAUAAACAAAUCACUACUGAUUGCCAGCUUAUUCCAUUAACUGCAUGGCUACAGUGUUGGACUCCCAAACUGAACUUUCCCGGAGAAAACAUUACCGAGACCAGUCCAAAGGAAGUGCAUUAUGGGUUUAAUCUUGACGGUGUUACGACAUAUAGGAAUCUAUCGGCCAAUCCACAGUUUGGUCCCCUGCUGUACUAUCCAGACCCGAUUAUUGAGAACUUGCCCGUACCUGCAAAUGGCGGGAAAAAAUACUCCAAAGAUGAUCCCCUUGUGAUAAAGGGUAACUUCAGACGUAUUAACCCGGUCAUAUCUGAUGUCAGUGUAACAGUUGGUGAUGCCCCCUGUUUGAAGCCAACUGCUACAGAUGAGGCUAUAUCAUGUUCAUCACCUGAUCAACCUAAUGUUGAUAACAAUGGAAAUGCUUUAGUUGUGUUACAAAUCGGGAAUGUCGAGAAGGAAGUUGGAUAUGUCAAAUACUACGAUACUGAUGACAAGGAAAAACCAAUAGCGAUCGGAAUUAUCCUCGGUGUUGUCUUACCAAUUAUUGCCAUUAUAACGCUACUCGCCAUCUGUGUGAUACGUCGCCACCGGAAACACAAACCAAGUGAGAAUUAUAUUCCGGAUGUUUGGAAGGAGGAAAAGAAAGAGGGAGAAGAAACCGAGUUAAAUCAUGUGUCUGUAAAAGCUGAUAUGAACGGAUCUAUCCCUGACGACAAAGACACAGCUCCCUAUAUAGAAGAAUUAUUAAGUAAAGUAGAAGAUGAACAUAUUAAACAGGGUAUUCAACAGCUUCUAAUAGCACGUAGCAAGCUUGAUAUAGGAGAUAUACUAGGAAAAGGAAAUUUUGGAGUUACCUACAAGGCCACCUAUAGUGAAACGGAUGAAGAGAUCCCAAAAGAUGUGGUGGUCAAAACAUUACAAGGUUCACAAUCAGACAGUGAAAGUGUCUCCCAGUUCCUCAACACUGUAUCUCAGCUACAAAGAUUACAACAUCCUGGCAUUAUGCCAAUAACUGGAGCAUGUAUUACGGUUUCUAGUGAUCCAAUGGUUAUCUUCCCUUUCUCUCAGCAUGGUGAUCUCAAGUCAUAUGUACGGGACUCUAAUAAGGAACUUAAAGUGGCAGACCUACUGGAUUUUGGUCACCAGAUUGCAGAAGCUAUGAAUUACCUUAGCAACAAGGCUGUUGUCCAUGGCAACCUAGCUUUAAGAAAUUGUUUUCUGAAUGAGCAGAAGAAAGUUUUGGUAGGAGAAUAUGGCCUCUAUACCAAUCUUUUUACGAAAGAUCAAUACACGAGGGAAACGGACAAAAACAAGUCUCUAGUCAAAUGGGCCGCCCCAGAAGUGUUAGACGGCGAAGAUUUUAGUGUCCUAACUUCAAAUUCAGACGUGUGGUCAUAUGGUGUUGUAUUAUGGGAACUUUUGACAAGGGGAGUAACUCCGUACCCUGAUGUAGAUAACUCUGAUGUGGCUGCUCAUGUUAAGGAAGGAAAGAGAUUGAAGAAGCCAAAGGAAUGUCCAGAAGAUGUGUACGGAUUAAUGCAACGCUGUUGGACGUUGGACGGUAACUCACGGCCGACAUUCCAACAGAUUUCCGAUGAGAUUCAGAUAUUUAUGUCGGGUGAAACUGAGGAGCAAAAUGUUGGUGAAUCAACUCCUUUACAGGACAAUAAUGUUGUAACUGCUGGUGAAAUGGUGUGAAACUAUAUCUCAUCUGAAUAUAAAGGCGAAAGGAAAAGUUAUAUGAGCACUAAUGGGGAUCAAAUCCAAGACUUGACCAUGUGUGAAAACGUUUAGUGUUAUAUGUGACCAGACUCAUGAAAAUUCUGUGUUGAAAAUAUGAAAUUUUGCUCUCUUUACUUUUAACCUCUUUUAGGGGAAAAUUCUCAUGCUGCAAGCUGCAUAUAUAAACAUUGUGACACAGUAAUUCUUCUGGUUGGAUGAUGCUGGAUAUUUAACAAAAGUAUGUAAAGAUAUCAAAGAAAUCAAGGUAGACCAUCUAUACCAUCCUGGCUAUUUCAGUCGAGGACCUAUAAUCUUUCAAGAUUUUACCGUAUGUGGUGUCAAGAUAUAUUUGAAUCUAAGAUUCAUAAUCUUUUACUGUAUGAAUUCUGUUUUUAAGACUUUAUGGCGACAUAGUCUCACUUUGUUGAUGAGGUAAUGAAUGUUGCCUUUAUAUCGCCGUCUGUGUUUAACUGAUAUGUCUAUGUGUGUGUAUAUAUAUAUAGGUGAUAUUUAUGUAAGGCAGAGGUAUUACAAUUUCUCAGUAAUAAAAUUAAUUCACAAUAUAUUCCGUUAAAAAAUUAUCUUUCAAGGUAUUUUUAGCCAAAAUCAUCUUUCCUGUUUCAGCUCCAUAUGGCCUAAAUUGUGUUUGUGCAUUGUAAAAUGAAACGAAACAAAAAGGUAUAUUUGUUAAUACAAUUACUUUUGUAAUAUUUAGAUAAGCUUUUGUUUUAAAUUUAAAUAAUGUUUUGUGUGGUAUCUGUGAAUUUGAAACAAAAUUAUAUUUCAUAGAAAAAUGCAAUUUGAAAAUCAAAAAGGAAAGAUAUUUGAAGGAAAUUUUAUGAAGAAACUUCGUUCAUAUUAAAUGAUUGUGAAUAUUGAGAAAUUGUAAUAUCUAAGGCUGUCUAAUAUGUGUUGUAAAGUUUAGCUUUUGUAUGAUAAUAAGUGCCAAAUGAACAAACUGUAUAGAUUGACUUUGUCUGAGACAAGAGACACACAAGAAUGACAAGUGUUUUUUACUGUUUUUGAGACUUAAGUAGAUUUUUAAUAAACCUUUAGCCUGCUGGCAGCAAUUUAUCAAUCCAUGUGACCAGUACGGACCAGAAUCAGCUGGCAUAUCCUUGCCAUGUGAUAAUGGUCUGCACUGUUUACUUUUUAAGUCAGUACAUAGUUUGAAAUUUUCCAUAAAAAUGAUGAAUGGUUUUGUCCAGUUUGAAAUUUCAGAUAUUUAGUAUGAUAAUGGUUAAAUCCAUUUCGUGCUCUCUAAAAGAUCCAAUAAACAAGGGGAAAAAACUAUGACCUGUAGACCCUUAAUGAAGUUUUAACAAGGUUUAGAUCAUGAGAAUGUCCUCGUGGGGAUUUUCGAUUUGGCAUCAGCCAUGAUAAAAUUUCUUUGAAAAAAAAUUUUUAUAGGGCAAAAUUUCAGCACAAGGUCCAUAAAAAGUCCGCAAUGACAAGAGGCCCAUCAAGGAGCCUUUCAUAAGAGGACACAAUUCAGAUAAUUUUGAUUAUGCUAUAAUCAGAUAAAAUAGUGGACCUUGAAAAAGUUAAAAUAGGACAUAACCAAUAUAGGGAACAUGAAUAGACCAGUGCAUUGAGAUUUUCAAAAAGCUCUGAAAAGCAGAAAAUUAUGCCUAAAAUACUAAACUGCGAUAUGUUUUACCAAACGAUAACUUGACUGCUGAAUUUUCAUGUUUGUGCCUUUAAUGUUUAAAAAGGCCUUUUUUUAACAUUUUGUAAUAUUCUUUUAUGUAUUUUUUUACUGGCUAAUUUUACUUGUAUUUUUUUAUUCUGCUUUAUUUUUUUUUGUAUUGCCAAAUGGUAUCAAAUUGUUUUUUUGUUGUUUUUUUUUAAUUGCAUCAACGUUGCAAUAUAUGUCCGUGUUUUAAGUAAAACAACAUACUUAUGAUGCAUGUAACUGGUGGGCUGUUACAUUAACUUAAAAAAUGUAUGUUACCUACAGUUUGUCCAAAUGAUAUUAUUUUUUGGUGCUAUGUUUUUAUUUCUCGAUAUAUUGCAUUUCUCAUUAUUAUUUUGUUGCAUUUUUUGUAAGACAAAUGUUGUCCUUUAUUAUUAAAGCAAUUUUGGAGAAUUUAGUGACUUGAAUUGUUUACAAUGCAGGACAAAAUUAAUUACUUUCAUGCUGAUUUAAAACUGAAAAAUCGUAUUAUUCAUAAGGGUUCUAAUUUUUGUGGUUUUCAUUUAAAGGUCAAUCCAAGCAUGUGUUUUUGGGCUAAGAUUUAAUUGACUUGUACCAAAGGUUUUAAGGCCUACUUAUUGUGUUUGGGGGCCGUAUGACCAGUAAAUUGUCAAUGUCGCUGUUAAACUCAUUGUGGUUUGGUUUGGGAUUGUUACAGUCUAUGUCAUUCAGGGGUAAAUUCAAUUUUAUCUACCUUUUCUCUUAGUAAAAUAAUGUUUGUUACGUUUGGCAAAGUGGUGACAGGGAUUAUCCAUGGGAAUGAAAAUCACAAUGACGAAUAUUUUUUUUAUUUUCUUGAUUUCAGAAAAUUUCAUAUUUACUUUGUUUCCUUAUUGUUUACACUUUAUUCAUUAAGCAAAGAUAAUUAUUAUUUUCAGAAUUUCCAUCUGCAUCCGCUAUUCUGUCCUGCCGUUUAAAAUAUUUUAAGAAAAUAAGUCACUUAAUUCUCUCUUUUAAUUAGGUCAGUGCCGUGUUUCGUAGCAGAAGGCAGCAAUUGUUUUUGUUAUUUCCACUGUGCUUGUUACAUUAAAAAUAUCUACAGUUUGAAAGUUAUGAAGUACAGAGAGAAAGAAAGGUGUGUUUUAUAAUUGGUGUAUAAUUUUUUCUUAUGUUUAGAAAAUAAAGUUAACUGAACCAGUAUUUUAAGAAAAUGCUGUCAAGCAAAAACAUAAAUAUUUGAAAUUAAUUACGGUUUUUAAAACUGCUGUUCUUGUAGUCAAACGUUUUAAAUUAAAUUAAUAAAUGCAAGUUAAAGAGUGACAUCUUUUCUCUUUAUUUAUAUUGAAAAUAUUGUUAAAAAUUUGUUUAUACAAUUUUAAUUUGAUAUUAACAGUUUUUAUAAAUGAGCUGCGUCACGACAAAACCAACAUAGUGCGUUUGCGACCAGCAUGGAUCCGCGCAGUCUGAUCAGGAUCCAUGCUGUUCGCUAAGCAACCCUAUUACAAGUAGAGAAACUGAUAGCGAACAGCAUGGAUCCUGAUCAGGCUGGUCUUGAUUCAUGCUGGUCGCAAACACACUAUGUUGGUUUUGUCGUUACGCGGCUCAAAUGAUGCAUAAUACAUGUACUGAUACAGUUUUAGCAUAAAAUGCAUGUAGUGUUGUGAAUUCAUUUAACAUAAUAUUUUGUAUUAUAUAACUUAUAAAUUUAUAAAAUUUUGUAUACAAUGUUUUUACACUUUCUUUUAUCAGACUGUUUUUUUAUGGUGAUCUUUUCUCUCAUUUUUUUUUUUUUUUUUUUUUUUAUAAUUUUUCAUGAUUAUUUUCUAAUGUACAUUUAUUUGGUGCAUUAAUUAAUAACUGAAUGUUGGUGAGAGAAAAUGAAAAACUUUGACAAAAUAUGCUUCAUCAGAGAGUAAAUCUAAUCUCAACAUAAUGUUAUGAAAUAUGACAUUUAAUAUCAAGGUGACAUUCAUGUUACUAAAGUCGCUUUUCAUUGGAUAAUCAUGACAUUUAUACAGUUUUAUAUACAUGGCUGCUGUUGAUUUAUGAAGAAAUAUCACUUUAUUCAUCUAAAAAUGAUGCUUGCUGUAUUAUAAAUUCAUUAUAAAUAUUUUUGACAGGUUAUAUAGCCGUAUAUAAACGGUUGUUUGCAGUACAACCCUCACCUAGCGGCUUGGGUUAUAUUUACAAACAACCAUUUAUAUAGGGCCAUAUAAUCUGUCAAAAAUAUUUAUAACUAAUAUUAUAAUUAUACUGAAAAGGAUAAAUUUUGUCAACACACCUUAUCUUAAUUUGAAGGUCAUACAAAUUUUGUUAACACACCUUGAGCAACAAUCAUGUUAAAGCAUAUAAUGUAUAGGGAAGAGAAGAGAAUAUAUGACAUUUUGUUUAUCAAGAUAUAAUGAAUGGAUUUCUGUAAAUUAUAACCCAUCAAGUGCUAAUUUAUCUGCCUUUCAUUGUCAUUUAUCUAUUCUAUGUGCAGUUUAAACUGACUGUUUUUUACAUAAUAACUUGCAACUUUUUUUUACAUUGUACAUGUUGUAUUUAUAUGUGUAAUUGAAUAAAAGUCUGAGCUUUUUUAAACAAACAA